GGGAGCGCGGGGCUCAGUCGGGGGGCGGCGGCGGCGGCGGCUCCGGGGAUGGCGGCGGCUCCGCUGCUGCUGCUGCUGCUGCUCGUGCCCGUGCCGCUGCUGCCGCUGCUGGCCCAGGGGCCUGGGGGCGCGCUGGGAAACCGGCAUGCGGUAUACUGGAACAGCUCCAACCAGCACCUGCGGCGAGAGGGCUACACGGUGCAGGUGAACGUGAACGACUAUCUGGAUAUUUACUGUCCGCACUACAACAGCUCAGGGCCUGGCGGUGGGUCGGAGCAGUACGUGCUGUACAUGGUGAGCCUGAACGGCUACCGCACCUGCAACGCCAGCCAAGGCUCCAAGCGCUGGGAAUGCAACCGGCAGCACGCCUCGCACAGCCCCAUCAAGUUCUCCGAGAAGUUCCAGCGCUACAGCGCCUUCUCGCUGGGCUAUGAAUUCCACGCCGGCCAAGAAUACUACUACAUCUCCACGCCCACUCACAACCUGCACUGGAAGUGUCUGAGGAUGAAAGUGUUCGUCUGCUGCGCCUCCAAAGACUUUGAGGGAGAAAAUCCGCAGGUGCCCAAGCUUGAGAAGAGCAUCAGUGGGACCAGUCCCAAGCGGGAACACCUGCCUCUGGCCGUGGGCAUCGCCUUCUUCCUCAUGACGCUCUUGGCCUCCUAGCUCUGCCCCUUCCUAUGACAGAGAGAGGUGGGGCAGGGCUGAGAAGGAGCAGGGAGUCAGCUGUGGGGCCUACAUCCUUCGUCCCAUGGUUGGGAGUGGGGACUGCACUGUACAUCUAUCUGUGCCUGCCUUCUUAGCCCACACUCUCUAGGACAGGCACUGUAGUGGACCAGGCACAAGGACAGCCACAGGUCCCAGGUGGCCUGUGGCUUUGGUAAUGUUUGGUACCAAACCUGGGGGUUGUAAAGUCAGAGCUCAGGACUCCCUGGCCCCUGGUACCUUUCCCUGACCCUUGGUGCCCUCCCUCUUUGUCGCCCAAGAGGCAAAUAUGCCUCAGAGAGAACAAAUGAAGCAUGGGAGGUGCCCCUGUCACUCUCCUCUGGGGCAGAACAUGAGGAGGGACUAGAUGGGUGAGGGGUAGAGCUCAGGCUGCCCCCUCCCCUGUUUACAGCAAUAAGCAAGUCCUCCUCCCUCCACUCCCGCAUAGAGGACUGUGGUUUGGAUUGAAUCCAAGUUUACAAAUAGACACCCCUGGGGGGAGCAGGCAGUGGACAGGGGUGGGCAUUGGGGUGCCAGACAGGCAUGUACAGACCCUAUAUCUCUAUAUAUAAUGUACAGACAGACAGAGUCCCUUCCUCUUCUUAACCUUGACCUUUCUUGACUUCCCCUUCCAGAUUCAGACCCCUCCCUCACCAGGUUAGGCCCCCCUUGGGACCCCCCUGGCCCCUCUUUUGUCUUCUGUGAAGACAGGACCUAUGCAACGCACAGACACUUUUGGAGACUGUAACAACAAUGCCCCCUCCCUUCCAGCCCUGAGCCGGGAACCAGCUCCCAGGACCUUGCCCUGCCACCCUAUGUGGUCCCCACCCAUCCCGGGCCUUUUUCAAGUGCUUUGGCUGUGACUUUCAUACUCUGCUCUUAGUCUAAAAAAAUAAACUGGAGAUAAAAAUACCUGAGUGUGUGUGGUUUCAAGGGGCCCUGUUCCUCUGCUUCACGGGCUGAGCCCUGUAGGCCUGAGGCCAUGGAUGAGCAGCCAUUCUAGGUUAGAGGCCAUGGAAUGCCUGGCUCUAGGGUCCAGCUCUGUGCGGAGAGAGGGGGAGCUUCAAGUUGAGCGUGGGUGACUUUGGGCUCAGGCUUGCCACAGGUAAAGCGGUGUGAGUCCCCGCUUCCCAGGCCCUGUGCACUCCGGCUAAGUCUCAGGCUGGUGUGCCCUAUGCUGUAAUCAGAAGCUUUUGGCUGGGUCCAAGGAUUUCAGGGGAUUUGUGAAUCUAGAUAGGAAAAAAAAAAUACAUGGUUAUUUUCACUCACCUGUGACAAAUUGAACAUUCCCUUAUGUACUUGGGCAAGCCACAAUAGCAUCAACAGUACGUGUGACUUUGUAGCCGACAGAAAUCCCAGAUGUUUUCAGACCUGCUUUAUAUCUCAGAAUAUCAUUUAUGUGUCACUACUUUGAAAUGAUCAUAGUUGUUAGACUUUACUUGUUUUUAACAUGU